AUGAGGCAUCUGCCCUACUGCUGCUGUGGCCAUGUGGUGUGGGGUUUUGGUGGCAUCUGCAAGCAAUUGGGCAUCCCCACUGCUCAUUUUCCUGAACAAGUAGUAGAUAAUCUUCCAGCUGAUAUAUCCACUGGCAUUUAUUGUGUUUCAGCCAGUGUUGGAAGUAGAGAUAUCCAUAAAAUGGUAGUGAGCACAGGAUGGAACCCAUACUUCAAGAAUACAAAAAAGUUCAUGGAAAGUCACAUUGUACAUACCUUCAAAGAGAACCUUUAUGGGGAAAUCCUCAAUGUGGCCAUCGUUGGCUAUCUCAGACCAGAAAAGAACUUUGAUUCUUUAGAGUCACUUAAAUCAGCAAUUCAAGAUGGUAUUGAGAAAGCUAAGAAAUGACUAGAAUUACAAGAACAUUUGAAACCCAAAG